UUUUUCAUAGUCACGUGACGAGCAUCGCCCAGGUUGUGUCGAAAGCAUCCUGCUAUUAGCACUUAGCUCGCAGCUGAUCAAACAUCAAGUGAUGUGAUGAUAGUUCUUGAAAAAAAUGGAGGAAACGUGAAUAAGGCUCUGGCGGAGGCAGAGAAGAAAGGGAGCCCCUCCUCCAGCAUGGCCUUUAUCGCCGAGACCCGAGGAGGUUAUUUAUCCAGAAAACACUAGCCCCGGCUAACGCUACAAAGUUUCACGGACAACAAGAGCCAUUUGCUAGCUAGAAUUCAGGUUGUCAAUCUACUUACUACCGCACAGAUUGUCUGCGAGCCAUUUGGCAUAUUUUAGCGAUUUUUAGCGACAUGUGGAAUCAUAUUCACAUUUGAUCAGUCUCAAAGGAGCGCUAACGUGAAUGCGAGUGAAUAUACAUUGACAACUCUUUAGCAACUAAAGCUAACGCCGUUUCUUAAACUUUGAGUGUAAUAAUACGUGCAUUACCAAAAGAAACAGUCUCACCUUCCGUAGAGAAAUUAUUGACCGACACUGUUCCAUAAUCAGAAUGCAAGUGGUUUUACAGCUGCUUUGUCGUGAUAAAAACAGCAGAAUGCCAAACACCGGGAUUAAUACAAGGGCGGCGUGUUUGUGCGCAUCUGUCCGUUCAUUCCUCUAAUCCUCGUCGUCUCCACAAUCCAACAACACUAAAUCAAUUAGCUGCGCAGAGUAGAAUAUCGCUAAUAUCAAACAAGUGUCUUACAAUUCAUCUCAGUUCGUGCAGGGAAAACUACUCGGGCUCAAGUUAUGUCGGGGGACACGUCAGAUAGUAGUGAUGACUCCGAUACACAGGCAAAUGAAAGAGCCUGUACCGUCAAGCAUCACAUCACCAAUGCUAACCUCACAGGACACACUGAGAAGGUCGGCAUGGAGAAUUUUGAGCUCCUCAAAGUGUUGGGCACUGGAGCGUAUGGAAAAGUGUUUUUAGUGAGGAAGAACAGUGGUCACGAUGCAGGCCAGCUAUAUGCGAUGAAGGUGCUAAAGAAAGCGGCUAUCGUUCAGAAGGCCAAGACCACUGAACAUACUCGCACCGAGAGGCAGGUGCUGGAGCAUAUUCGCCAGUCGCCCUUUUUAGUCACACUUCAUUAUGCCUUUCAGACACAGAGCAAGCUGCACCUCAUCCUGGACUAUGUGAGUGGAGGGGAGAUGUUCACUCAUUUGUAUCAGCAAGAUCACUUUUCUGAGGAGGCGGUGCGCAUUUAUAUUGGAGAAAUAAUCCUGGCUUUGGAGCAUCUGCACAAGCUCGGGAUUGUGUACCGUGACAUCAAAUUGGAAAAUAUUCUCCUGGACAGUGAAGGUCAUGUGGUAUUGACAGAUUUCGGACUCAGCAAAGAAUUUCUGCAGGAAGAGAAGGAAAGAACCUAUUCUUUCUGCGGCACCAUUGAGUACAUGGCGCCUGAAAUCAUCAGGGGGAAAACAGGCCAUGGCAAGUCAGUAGAUUGGUGGAGCCUUGGAAUCCUGAUGUUCGAGCUGCUGACGGGAGCGUCUCCAUUUACUUUGGAGGGAGAGAGGAACUCGCAGAGCGAGGUCUCAAAACGUAUUCUUCGCUGUGAUCCACCAUUCCCCUCGAUGAUUGGACCCACUGCUCAGGACCUCAUCAGGAAGCUGUUGGUGAAGGAUCCUCACAAGCGGCUCGGUUCUGGACCGCGUGGCGCUGCAGACAUCAAGACUCACGCUUUUUUCAAGGGACUGAACUGGGACGAUCUUGCCCAGAAAAAGAUUUCAAGCCCGUUCAAGCCUGAGCUGAAGAGUGAACUUGAUGUGGGGAACUUUGCGGAGGAGUUCACGGGGAUGGAUCCAGUCUACUCUCCAGCGAGCACACCGCCGAGCACCGACCGCCUCUUCCAGGGCUACUCCUUUAUUGCACCUUCCAUCCUGUUCAAUAAAAAUGCUGUAAUGGGAGACUUUUUGGAAUCCCAGGUUCCCGCCGACCGACCAGGUUCUGCUUCUGUCCAGCGUAGUGCAAUGUUAGCGGAAUCACAGUUUUUUCUGAACUAUGAGCUGUGCCUCCAGGGGCCACCGUUAGGUGAGGGGAGUUUCUCUGUGUGCAGACAAUGCACACAUAAGCAAAGUGGCCUUGAGUAUGCAGUCAAAAUUGUCAGCCGCAGAAUGGAGGUCAACACGCAGAGGGAGAUUGCUGCUUUGAGGCAAUGUGAGGCUCACCCAAAUAUUGUUAAGCUCCACGAUGUCCAUACAGAUCAGUACCACACCUACUUAGUGAUGGAGCUUCUACGUGGAGGCGAGCUGCUUGAAAGGAUCAAGAAAAAGAAAUUAUUUGGUGAAGCAGAAGCCAGCCAGCUGCUGCAGAGCCUGGUCUCAGCUGUCAGUUUCAUGCAUGAGGCGGGAGUCGUGCACCGAGACCUAAAACCAGAGAACGUGUUAUUUACAGAUGAGAGCGAGAACUCUGUUCUCAAAGUUAUCGAUUUUGGAUUCGCCCGAUUGUGUCCUGCUGGCAGCGCCCCCCUGCAGACGCCGUGCUUCACACUGCAGUACGCUGCACCUGAACUUUUUGAGAGUGCGGGGUAUGACAAAGCCUGCGACCUCUGGAGUCUUGGGGUCAUCCUGUACACCAUGCUGUCAGGCCAGGUGCCGUUCCAGAGCGAGGAGGUGGGGAUGACGUCGUCUUAUGCUGCCGAUAUCAUGCAAAAGAUUAAAGAAGGUGAUUUCUCCUUGGAUGGGGAGCCGUGGAAGGGUGUGUCAGAAGAUGCAAAAGAACUUGUUAAAGGGCUACUGACAGUGGACCCCGAAAGGCGACUCAAACUCUCCGAUCUGAAAGAAAAUGGCUGGCUCCAGGGUGGAGCGUCCAUGUCCACCACACCUUUGUGCACUCCAGAUGUGCUUGAGUCCAGCGGGCCCACCGUGCGCACUUUUGUGAACGCCACUUACAAGGCUUUCAACCGUGGUAAGAGAGAGGGCUUCUUUCUAAAGAGCGUUGACAAUGCCCCCCUUGCAAAACGGCGGAAACUCAAAAUGACAAGUACAGGCGUAGAGACCCGAUGGAGUUCUUCCUCUUCAUCCUCCUCUUCUUCCACUUCCUCCUCUGCCUCUGCAAAAGCAUCAAAAGCACAGCCAAAGCAAACUGUCAGCCCAAAGCAGAGCUAGCCCUGGUUUGGCAAACACAUAAAGAAUAUGUCAUGCAGACUUGCUCAGACGAGUUAAAAAAAUGUACAGAUGAAACAAAGUAUUGGUUUAACUAAGGUGGUUUUCAACGUAAUGUUGAAUUCCAUUGUAUUACAAUGUGACUGGGGAUAAAAAUUGUCAGUGUGCCACAUUUUCCUGUGAAUUACUAACGCUAUCAAGCUCUCGCUGGGAUGCGAAGAUGCAGAGAAUUGCAGAAUGUGGCCUCGAGGAAAUGCAUUAAAUAUACACGCUUAGUAUUUCCUCAGCAUCCAUCAGUAACCUCAGACACUUAAAAUCCGUUUCAAAAUGGAGAUAUGUCUGUUUCCACCAAGGAAAAAACAGCGCCUGACUUUAUAGGGUUAAAGGGAAAAACGAGCCAUUUAGAGCAGAAGCCAUAUUCACGAGUCAGUCAGAAUUGAAGCGAGUGAAUACACACGUUUACACAAAGCAGAUGCAAUGGUGAUAUCUGUAACGUACUGCUUUAAUAAUAAUCAAUAUGGGGGUGUACAAUUUUACAGCUGAUGAGGGCAGAAGUUUAGCGUCUGAUUUUACAAGUGUUCUGGUUCCUUUUUGGGGUUAUUUUUCCGAUUUAGGCUGUUCAAUAAAAGUUUGCACGUUGGGCUGAGAAUGUAAAUGAUCAAAACAGAGCUUCAGAACCUUUAAUGUCGUAUAUAGGAAAAGACACGCUAUUUAAAAAAAAAAAUUGAAAGAUGAAUUGUCUGCUUACAGAGACUUUUUAAAUUCACUGCAGCUUAAAAUAUUUUACUUUACCAUCAACUUUUUUAAAACUUUACCAAAAGAAGAGUUUAAUUUUCAGUGUUGGCUGCUUCCACAAAUGUCCUGGUGGAGCAAACGUGAGGGCGGUUGUGAUUUAACUUGCUGUAAAUGUUUUUGCCUUAAGUACUGGUCAAUUUCAAGCAUGCAUAUCUUGUUGUUAAAAAAACGUUAUCUUAAAUUUGGCUUGAUUAAAAAUAUCAAGGUAUGUGUUCGUACUCUUGUCCUGCCGGAGAGGUGCAGCAGCAGUCCAGUGACUUCUUCAACUGAAAUGAUUUUACAGCUCUGGUUUUAAACAAUCGCAUUUUUAAAUGAUCACAAUGAGACACUUAAUUAUGACUUUAAUUUGGAUCUCUGGAAACCACUCUGUGAGAUCAGCUGUAUAUACUUUGAUUUACAAAGACAAAUUAGUUUUCAUAAUUGAAACUUUUCAUGGUAUAUUAGUGUCCUCGUCUAUUUUUUUUUUUUUACAUGUUGCACAGUCAUUUUAUCAAUAAAAUCCAUUUCAGCUUUAAAGGUGCUUUCACUGAUAUUUAUUAUGUGUAAUUGGCUUUAAAGCUGUGGUAAUGGGAUGCAUAUUAAAUGGGCUUUUGUGGACCCGGACUGUGAAUGAGUGUGUGAAUGUGUGUGGUGCGGGGUGAUCACUUGUGGUGUCAUCCGUGUACCAAAUGAAGCAGCAUUGAAUGAUUUUGUUCCUUAAGUUGUUUGCUGCCUUAGUCUCAUUUUUUUGUUUUCAUUCUAAACGAAAUCGGAUGUUUAUGAGCAUUUCACUCAAACUGUGCUGAGUGGUGUGGAUAGUUUUGUACUAAAUGAUUUUCAAUGUCCUGUUUUUCCAUUUUAUCUUUAUUUUUUUUGUAACUUGACUAUUGUAUUGCGAUGCACUGUCAUUGAUGUAACUGGGAGUUAUUUGCACCAAGACCAUUGGUUUUGCUGCAAAAUAAAUAUUACUUUGGAAUAGA